CUACACUCUCAAGUAGUUGUCUUCGUUCUUAGUCAUGUUGUUGGGGAAUCAUCCAUAGAAUUGAUAAUAGAUCUAGUAUUUUUAACCUUUCUCCCAUUUUGAUGUUGCGGCAAUGACGGUCUUGCAGGUUGUUGUGGCCAGUGGAGGCAAGUGUGCAGCUUUGGUGAUAGGAGCCAAAGGGACUACUAUGUUGUACUAUGCCUCUAUGUCAGAGCUAAACACAUACUGGCAGUCAAUGUUUCCUAAUAGGCCAUACCGUCAGCCAUACUCUCUCAUUUUAGUGCACGUUCUGGUACCUCUCUACCUCACACACAAUAUAUGCAUACUAUAUAAGCCUUAGAUCAUUGGGGAAGAAAUUGUGUAGCUGCACUUUGGUUCUCAAGUGCAUGUACUAUUGUACCUUCUACUUAGGGUGUGCAAUAUACAGAUGGGGAUUUACUUUGACUAACAUUAUAAUAAACAUCUUACUGGAACCGAGAGUAAAGAUCAGGAAAAGGAACACUACUGGUCCAUAUAUUCUGAUCAGCUUACCAAAAGGGAUGCAAAGAUCUUCCAUAACUGGGCACAUAGGGUGACUUCAGAGAAGUUGUUGUACCCAGAGAGCACCUUCACUAUGGGGUCCAAGAUCAACCUCUACAUCGACCGGGCAGCCGCCUUGCACAACGCUUUCCUUCAUCGUGAUGUCGCCAAUUCAAUCUCGAUGUCCACAGAGAACUUUACUAACAUCGCCACCAUGUCCUCGCCAGUGUCUGUCUCCAUGGCCCGUGAUAUGUGGUCCACGCUAAGCUCGUGUGAGCACCCCCGCGAGGUGGUGGGUGAGCAAAAGGCAUGCGCUACAUCCUUGGAGUCCAUGCACAAGUUCGUAGCGUCGGCACUAGGAACAAGCAGCAUCCAUGCCUUCUCCACAUCCCUUGAUGUGCCAGAGGAGGGCAUUGCCUCACCGUCGGACAUUUACAAGGUGGCGGCAGUGCGUGCUCUAACCGCCCAUGGAGCUACCAAGGAACCAUCCAACACCGUGACAUGCCACAACAUGAGCUUCCCAUUCGUGUUGUUCUAUUGUCAUGCCGUCAACCCGACAAGGAUCUAUGAGGUCACGUUGAAGAAGGUUAAGAAUGGUGUUGUCCCUGCUGUGAAGAGAAGGUCGCCGGUGGUCCGGGCACUAGCAGUAUGCCACUUGAACACUUCGGGGUUUGACCCCACAUUGAAUUACUGGGUGAAGCUUGGUCUCAAGCCAGGGCAAGCCUCGGUGUGUCACUUCCUUACAAGGGGUGAUGUCCUCUGGACACCUACGUUAGUUGCUUGAGUAGUUGUAUGCUCCGAAUGAGCCUUUUGUAUGUAGAAAAUAAGGAAGACAAGG